AUAUUUGAGAAUUUCUUCAAACCUCAGUUGGACGUCCAAACCCUAGCAAAGUUGCGGCAUUCUCUCUGUGUUCGAUCCUCCACUUCGAAGAAGAUGAAGUUCAACAUUGCUAAUCCGACCACCGGCUGUCAAAAAAAGCUCGAAAUUGACGAUGACCUGAAGCUUCGGGUAUUCUGGGAUAAGAGGAUCUCCCAGGAAGUCAACGGAGAUGCAUUGGGCGAGGAAUUCAAGGGCUAUGUUUUCAAGAUUAUGGGAGGAUGCGACAAGCAAGGCUUCCCCAUGAAGCAGGGUGUCUUGACACCUGGCCGUGUCAGGCUCUUGCUCCACCGAGGUACCCCGUGUUUCCGAGGGUACGGAAGGAGAAACGGAGAGCGAAGGAGGAAGUCCGUUCGAGGUUGCAUCGUAAGCCCUGAUCUGUCUGUAUUGAAUUUGGUGAUUGUGAAAAAGGGAGACAACGAUCUCCCAGGUUUGACCGAUGUCGAGAAACCUAGGAUGCGUGGUCCAAAGAGGGCUUCGAAGAUUCGCAAGCUCUUCAACCUCUCCAAGGAUGAUGAUGUCAGGAAAUACGUCAACACUUACCGCCGUACAUUCACCAACAAGUCUGGCAAGAAAAUAAGCAAAGCACCGAAGAUUCAGAGGCUGGUCACUCCACUUACAUUGCAGAGGAAGAGAGCUAGAAUCGCAGACAAGAAGAAGAGAAUCGCCAAGGCUCAAUCCGAGGCUAUUGAUUACCAGAAGCUUCUUGCAAGUCGUUUGAAAGAACAGAGGGAAAAACGUAGCGAGAGUUUGGCUAAGAAAAGAUCUCGACUCUCUACUGCUUCUAAACCAUCCAUUGUUGCUUAAGUUUUUAAGUACUAUAUAUCUUUUUAUGCUGCAAUUUGAAUAUUUUGUUGUUUUUUUUCUUUCUAAAAUGAGAUGACAUUUUUGACAUUUUUCGAAGUUGUAAAAGGAUGUUCUUUGAAUUGUUCUUUCUUUAGCUGUUCUUGUUUUUUUUUUUCUAUUAAGAUUUUGGAAUGGUGUUUGUUU